AUGCACUCACGUGUUGCUGCAGUGAAGGCACCCCGCACACACAACCGUCGACGCGUGACCGGAUCCAGCGGAAGGAGGAGGGAAGGAAGAGAGUGUGAGCCGCAGAGGCCCAACAUGUCCCGGCGUGUGUUUACUUCCGCGGUGCUGCAUCUCCUCCUCGUCGUGAUGGUGUGCUGCGGCAGUGGAGGGGCUGCGGGAGUUGCGGGGCAGUCAGAUGAUCCCCAGUUUGAAUGGAAAGGCAUCACUGAGGGUGAAACUGUGGAGUCGUUGGGUGCUCCCAGCCUUCUAAAAGUGGGGAAUGACGUAUUUGCCGUUGCCGAGGCGCAGUGCAAGAAGGCUGAAAAAGUCUUUACUGGCGUUGCAUCUCAACCUCUCACGACAAAAACUGCAAACACACCGGAGGAAUUGUUUAGUGAUGCCUUAAAGACGACACAAGUACUGGAGAAAGGCACAUCCGAGGAACAAAAGAAGAAGGUAGAUGUGAGCCGACCAACAACAGUUUUGAAGGGGAAUGAUAUUUACAUGCUUGUUGGACAGUACAGCUCUGCAGCUGUUGGUGCGUCUGACGCGGCUCAAUUGGGACUUUUGCUGGUGAAAGGGAGCGUCAGUGGUGAGGAUGCAAAUAGCAAAAAAAUUGACUGGAAAGAUCCUGAAAGUUCCCCGCAAGGACUUUUUGGCACACAGCCCGAUUCCUGGACAAGGCUGAUUGGAAGCGGUGGAUCUGGUGUUAAGAUGAAGGAUGAGACUCUUGUAUUUCCUGUGGAAGGCACGAAGAAGGCGGCGGAUGGCACUGAAGUGGAUGUGAAGACUGUCUCACUGAUCAUAUACUCGAAGGAUAAUACGAAUUGGAAGCUGUCGAAGGGGAUGUCUGACGGUGGCUGCAGCGAUCCCUCCGUCGUGGAGUGGGAGGAGGGAAAACUCAUCAUGAUGGCUGCGUGUGAUGGUGGCCGCCGCAGGGUGUACGAGUCCGGUGACAAGGGGGAGUCGUGGACGGAGGCACUCGGGACACUCUCGCGUGUGUGGGGAAACAACAAAAAGGGCGGAAAAGAGAAGGCUGUUAGAAGCGGGUUCAUCACAGCGACUGUUGGAAAUGAUGGUGAUAAGAGGAAUGUGAUGCUCGUUACCCUGCCGGUGUAUGCUGAGAAAGGAGGUAAAGAAAAGGGCAAACUUCAUCUUUGGCUGACGGACAAUACGCACAUUGUUGAUAUUGGGCCGGUAUCCGAUGAUGAUGACGCUGCCGCCAGCUCCCUGUUGUACAACAGUGGUGAAAACACUGAUGAGAAGAAGGAGUUGAUUGCACUGUACGAGAAGAAGAAGGAUGUGAAACCAUCACCCGGUAUGGUCUCUGUGCUUCUGACUGAGCAGCUGCAGCGUGUGAAGGAUGUGCUGACGACCUGGAAGGAGGUGGACGGACGUGUCUCCCAGCUGUGCACCUCAUUAAUUGCUGAGAAGGAUCGCUCAACUGACGAUGCCUGCAGCCCUACUGUUAAGAUCACGGCUGGGCUGGUUGGCUUUUUGUCGGGCAACUUCUCUGAGAAAAUGUGGAGGGACGAGUACCUCGGCGUGAACGCCACAGUAAAUAAUAAAGCUGGGGCAGCAGCGUCAGCAGUGACCAGCACGGAAAAGGGUGUGACAUUCCAGGGUGCGUGGGCGGAGUGGCCUGUUGGCAAGCAGGGGGAGAAUCAGCUGUACCACUUUGCGAACUACAACUUCACUCUUGUGGCGACGGUGUCCAUUGAAAAAAUGCCGGAGGGAAACACCCCCAUUCCGUUGAUGGGUGUGCGUGCGGGCAGUAAUGGCGAUGAAAAUAAUGUACUGCUGGGACUGUCGUACGACAGCGAAAAGAAGUGGCAUGUACUGUGCGGUGACGGAAAAACUGAGGAGCUCAGCAGCACGUGGGAGACAGAGACACCUCAACACGUGGUAAUUUUGUUGAAGAACGGCACCCAGGGCUCCGUGUACGUCGAUGGUCAGCGAGUGGGUGGGAAUGGAGAAUGUGCAUUGGGAAAUGGUGAGUCGAAAGAGAUCUCCCACUUCUACAUUGGAGGGGAUGGAGCCAAUGCAGAGAACAAAGAAGACGUGUCUGUGACGGUGACGAACGUCCUGCUGUACAACCGCCCGUGGGAUGACACUGAGAUCGCCGCCUUCAAUCCGAAUAAAGCCAAUAUUCCAUCUCCGGUGAAUGCACCUUCUCAGGGAACCGCGAUUCAGCCUUCUGGUGUUGGACGACCGGAGGAACCGAGACAGUUGUUGGGGAGCAGCGGUGCGGACGGUGUAUCCGCACCAACGGUGUCCAAUGCCAGGACUUCCUCAGGAGGAGAGGGGUCUGCAACCCAGUUGGUGAAAGAAAAAUCUUCCGAUGGAAGUAAAAAUGUGGGUGGCGCUUCCUCGCCUGGCAGUGACGCAGCGGUGGAGACAGGAGACCGAAGUACGGUGCAGGGAGAUGGAUCAUCAGAAACUCUUGUGGGUACUCCCGCCACAGCAGAUGCAUAUGCCCCUAACGCUGAAGCCAUGGGGCACGAUGGAACCGCAGUGAAUCCUGGGGCGAGCGCGAGCUCAGGUGCGGAUGGGGAGACGGCGGAAGGAACGGAUGGGCAGGAGAAGGAGGAGAUCCAUGCACAGAACGGGGACGUAAAGGCUGCAGCCCUCAGCAGCAGUCUCGGGAAUGUGUCGCAGGGGAAUAACACCGAUGCCUGCAGUGUGUGCGGGAGCGGACUGCUGCCACUUCUGCUUCUGCUGUUGGGACUGUGGGGUUUGCGGCUCUGUGAGGAGUGA